AUGUGCUGUGCCGCUGGACAUUACUGUCCUAAGAAGAACGGUGAUGCUUGUAGCCUGGAGUCAAGUCAAGUAUGGGGCAUGUCAAGAGUACGUGGCUUGGAUGUAAAAACGUUAAUAUUUCUUUUUGGUGUUGUGCCAAUGUGCACAUUUGGAAUAUACUUGCAUGGACAGAAAAUCUCCUACUUCCUGAGGCCGCUAUGGGAAAAACCACCCAAGCCUUUCAAUGUGAUUCCUCAUUACUAUAACGAGAAUGUGUCAAUGGAGAAUCUCUGCAGACUUCAUGGCUGGGGAGUCCGUGAGUUCCCAAGGCGUGUGUAUGAUGCUGUGUUGUUCAGUAACGAAUUGGAAAUACUAAACUUGCGGUGGAGAGAAUUGUAUCCUUACAUAACACAGUUUGUUCUCCUUGAGUCAAAUUCCACGUUCACUGGUAGGCCUAAACCUCUGGUUUUCAAAAGCAAUCGGGAGCAGUUCAGAUUUGUGGAUUCCCGGUUAACAUAUGGAACCAUUGGUGGGAGAUUCAUCAAAGGAGAAAACCCGUUUAUCGAGGAGGCGUAUCAGCGUGUAGCAUUGGACCAUCUCCUUAAGAUUGCUGGUAUCACAGAUGAUGACUUGCUCAUUAUGUCUGAUGUUGAUGAGAUUCCAAGUGCUCACACAAUUAACCUCUUGAGGUGGUGUGAUGAUGUGCCUUCAAUCCUUCAUCUUCAGCUGAAGAACUAUCUGUAUUCAUUUGAGUUUAUUGUGGAUGAUAACAGCUGGAGAGCCUCUGUUCACAGGUAUCGGAGUGGUAAGACAAGGUAUGCACAUUACCGCCAAUCUGAUGACUUACUGGCAGAUGCUGGUUGGCAUUGCAGCUUUUGCUUCCGCCAUAUCAGCGAUUUCAUCUUUAAGAUGAAAGCUUAUAGUCAUAAUGACAGAGUCAGAUUCUCUCAUUAUUUAGAUCCCAAGAGAAUUCAAGAUGUAAUAUGCAAAGGGGCUGAUUUGUUUGACAUGCUACCAGAGGAGUACACCUUCAAGGAAAUCAUUGGUAAAAUGGGACCAAUACCUCACUCCUAUUCUGCAGUUCAUCUUCCUGCUUAUCUACUACAGAAUGCAGACAAGUAUAAAUUUCUCUUGCCAGGAAAUUGCUUGAGAGAGAAUAUAUAA